AUGUCCACACGUCCUGCGACACCGGCAUCCCCCAAGAAUGCGAGAGUCAAGUCCCCGGCCGUGGGGACGCCCAUGUUCGGCUGUGAGCAUGUGCAGCUGCUGUUGUCCCAAGGGCAGGAGGUCAUGAACAGCUCGAUCGCCCACUACAAGAUGAUUCUACGAGGCAUCUUCGAUGCGACCCCCAUCGUGCCCCAGACCUCGACCAACCACGAGGGACGCCCUGUCACCUCCCUCACCUCCAACUUUCUCUGUUUGCAAUGCCCCACGACCGUGACUGAGGAGGAUCGCUUGAAGCAUGGCACCAAGAAACAGCAUCGCUUCUAUGUCGACUCUCGCAGCGGCUCUCUCUAUUGUCAGAUAUGCGAUGACCUGGUAUGGGAUCCUACCCUCGAGGAACUCCGCGUUCGCAAGAUAGGGACAGGUUCCUUUUCAGGUCGGAAGAGAAAACACGACGAGCUCUUCACAGACUCCAUCAAGGAUGACCCGAGGUUGAUUGCAUCAAACACAACGACGGCUUCGUGUCGGGCAAACGGACUGCGCGGCAUUUACAACGCCGGAGCGACGUGUUAUCAAAAUGUGGUGCUCCAGAGCUUCCUUCAUAAUCCAUUGUUGCGCAAUUUCUACUUGAGCGACGGACAUCAGAGCAACGAUUGCAAUGUACCACACUGUCUGAGCUGUGCCAUGGACGACAUGUUCCAGGACUUCUACGCGCUGGAGAAUACGAAUGGCUACACUGCCGCCAAUAUCCUGUCCGGAUUUUGGAUCUCAGAGAAGAAGGCCUUUGAGAACCUUGUCACCACCAAGGAGCAGGAUGCACACGAGUUCUUCCAGUUCUUGGCCGAAGAGUUACAUGAACGCAACGGCGACGGGAAACGCCCCGAGAUUGGCAGCGAACAUAGCUGCAAUUGCAUCGUCCAUCAGACUUUCUACGGCAAGAUGCAAACAACAACCACAUGCCAGAACUGCAAGGGCAGUACGCAUGCUGUGCAGUCGUUCCUGGACCUUAGCCUUGGGUUAGACAGCCUGACUCAGAGGCGUAUUAAGAAGACCGGGCAGAAAGCACCGGUCUUGACACUGACGGAUUGCCUUGACGAAGAGUACGUCAAGUUCGACAAGUGCGAAUAUCGCUGCCACAGCUGCGCCUCUUCGCAGCAAGCUAGGAGGUAUACGAGCAUCAAGCGCUUGCCGAAUGUGCUGUCGAUACAACUCAAGCGUUUCGAGUACAAACAGGGCAGACACGACCGCGCCGCGUCCAAGAUAGACAAUGUUGUCCAGUUCCCUCUUCAGCUCAACAUGCUUCCGUACACGGCCCGGGUUCGGAGUCGCGAUAGCCGCGAAAAUAUGGAGCUGGAGCGCUCUUGCACAUACGACUUGCUGAGCGUGGUUGUGCACGUUGGCGAGAUCGAAACGGGACAUUACGUCUCAUACUGCCGCGUUGGCGACCAGUGGUUCAAGUUCAACGACCACAAGGUCGAGCUCGCCAGCAUAUCCGACGUUCUCGGCGCCCAGGCGUACCUCCUGUUUUACAUCAUUCGGUCACUUGCAUGA